AUGUCUCCUAAGUUCAUCAUCUUUACUGCUCUUGUGGCCGUGGCUCUUGCCCGCCCUGAUCAAGCCCCAGCCUAUGGUUAUGCAGCACCUACACCUGCUCCUGCACCUGCCAAGUACGAUUUUAACUACGCUGUGAAGGACGAGUACUCCGGUAAUGACUUCGGCCACCAGGAGGAUCGUGACGGUUAUGACACACAAGGAUCCUACUAUGUGCAGCUUCCCGACGGUCGUCUGCAGAAAGUCACCUACACUGUCAACGGCGACUCUGGCUUCGUGGCCGACGUCAGCUACGAGGGUGAUGCUCAAUACCCUGCUGAACAGCCUGCUUACAAGCCUGCUCCUUCAUAUGCUUAAGAUGCCAAGUCUAGUUUGACUGUGAUUGUAUUUAUAAUUCUUAUUUGUUUUUAAAUAAAUAUUUAACUAGAGA